GUUGUAACGUCCUGUUCUAUAAAUAGCAAACAACGCUGUUGUACUACGCACGCACUGAUAAGUUUCAUUGGAGUGUCUCAAAAAGGCAGUUCAGUAGUAAAAUGUCGUACAGGGCAGCCAAAGCUGGAUUAGCAAGGGAUACCCAAGUAAAGAUCGACUCUCAAUUUGAUAUAGACGAAGCGAAGAAAUGUUUAUACUGGAUAGGGGAGAUAACUGGCGAGAAUAUACAGAUACCGGAAAUAGAUGACCGUAGGGAAAUGUCUUAUAGUUUUCACGAUACACUCAAAGAUGGAUUGCUGUUAUGCAAGUUAAUAGAUGCACUUUUACCAGAAGGAAAGAAAAUAGAUUUUACGAAAAAAACUUUUCAACCAACAAAUACGCAAGCGUUCAAAAUGGCACGUGAAAGAGAGAGAAUAGGGAUAUUUUUAUUGAAAGCGCAAGAAUAUGGUGUUCCUGAUACAAACUUAUUCCAGACGGACUAUUUAUAUGAGCGGACUAAUUUAGUGCAAGUGUGUACUUGUAUAAGAGCUAUAGGAAUAGAGGCACAGAGUAGGCCCGGUUAUCAGGGACCAGACAUCUGGCCUAAAAAGUGUGAGCAUAACGUACGGACGUUUAGUGAGGAACAGUUGACAGCCGGCAAACAGGUGAUAGGCCUACAAUACGGGUCUAAUAAAGGAGCAACUCAGGCUGGGAUGAACUUUGGCAAGGCUAGAAUGAUUCUAGACUGACAUAAUCAUGAUUGUUUGUGGCAAACUUUUGAAUCAAAAAUCCAAAAGAAAAGAAAGAUGUCUGGCAAGAACGGAUGACAUUAAAGGAAAGAUUUGGUUUUGAGUUGCUUUCAGAUGUAUUUUUCUAAAUACUGGUUUGAUUGUUAAAUGUUUGGUCUAAGUAUAUAGGUAACAUGUUUUAUUCUGGAUAAUUUACUUGACAUAAUCUUAUGCAUCAAUGAAAUCCGUUUUUUUUCUAGUUUUUUUAGUUUUUUUAUCUAAGCUGCGAAAAUCUUAAAUUUGAGUUCUACAUUUAGUAUGUUCAUCUGAUUCAGGAAAUAAUUAUAGGAGGGGACGUGUGGGGGGUGGGGUAAUUUAUACAAAACAUUAUAUCAUUGUAAAUAGAAUUUCAGAAAAUAUAAAAUGAUAAAUUGAUUUUAAAAGGUUCAGAUAUUUUGCUUCUUUGUUUUUGCUAAAUUCAGUAACAAAGAGGUGUGUUCAUUUUGACCUGAGUGCCUGGAAGUUUUUUUGUGUUAUUUUAGACAGUCACUACUAAAAGGUACAAAUGAUUAUAUUUUUAUUACGAUUGUUAUGAUUAAUGCCAGUGUAUUGUUUUGCAAAACCUGCUUAUAUCUAUAACUUGACUUAUACUGUUUGUAUAUAAAUCAAAAAAGAAGUAUCAAAAUACCAUGACCCCCUGUAGUAUUGCACAUACUCGGUGAUCGUGGAAGGGUCAAUAUUUACUUCACAGUUUUAUUUUCUAUGUAACUUUAGAUGAGUGGGCAGUCAUAUGUCAAUGUGUUGUUUUCCUGUUCCUGUUUUGUUGAUCUUUAUAUUAUAUCGUGCUAUCAUUGUUCCGUAGAUAUUGCUAUACGGGUUUUAGCGAAGUUAUUUUUGUUUUAAAAACUGUUGGAGCAGCACACUAAAUACCGUAUUCCGGUAAAUACCGGACAAGAAUGCUACUAAAAUCACGCCUUUUCACUUUAAAACGUCCAAUACAUCUCUUCACACCUAAUUGAUAUACCAUAAGGAAUAAAAAUGUAAGAAUCGGCGAAAAAAGCGAUAUUUUUUCUAUUUUGUGAUCAUGAUUUCUGCAAGGGUCUAGAUGUACUGCUCCAACACUUGUGAGUUAAACUGAAAAAGAAAUGUUUAAAUUGUUUUAAUAUCUAUAAAAAAGUUAGAACUGGCAAAAAUGGUUCUUAUGAAAACUUUCAAAUGUAAGACUAUAUAUUUGUAAGAUUGUUAGUUUUAACAUUUAGCAGACUUACCUUUAAGUGAUAAUUACGUGACAAAUACUUGUUUACGUAAAUGUUUUAUUAUUCCCAAUUACAUGUGUUUGAAGGGAAGUAACAAAGUAUUUUUUGUGUAAAAAUUAUUACACGCAGUUGUCUCCCUUGUAUCAUCUAUUUAACUGGAAGUGCUAUAAUUUAAUUUAUAUGAUCUCGCCUUUUUGUAGUAACGAUUUAAAGUAGCUGAUAUCGGUGCAGAUUUAAUACAUUAUAGAGUUUGUUUUCAGACUGUAUGUAUAGUUAGUGUAGAUGUAGUUAUUUACCAAACUUGAUCAGUAUUGUGUGUUGUAUAUUGCUGCCAUACACUCAGUUAUUAUACCUAUAAAAUGUUUAACAAUCUG